AUGUUCCGUGUUUUUCCGCUACUCAGCCUUCUGCUGCUGCUGCUGCUCUCCUCGGUGAUUGUGCGUGCGGAAAACUGUGACCAGGACGCAAGUGUCACGUUGUAUUGCCGCGGUGAACGAGCCUUGCGCAAUGUCCUGCGGAAUUUGAAUCGCAGCGAUAAGCCCUUGGUUGUGGUCAAGGGUCUGGAGAUAGUUCCCCUAAAUGCCUCAAUGACGGAGGAGGAGCCGGAUCAGAGCCUGCUGGAUAGUCUGUCCUUCUAUCUGCGAACGCACGAGGUUAAUGUGAAGCUUGCAGAUCUUCUAGAGGAUGAGGCGCAUGUUUCAGAGGCACGAAAAAAGGACAAAGGCCAGGGCAUGCUGCUGGCCAUGGCUCUGAUGUUUGGCAAGGCAAUGGCCGUUAUGGGCCUGGGCGGAAUUGCGGCCCUGGCCAUGAAGGCCCUGGGCGUGGCAAUGGUGGCUCUGAUGAUGGCCGGAAUACUGGGCCUAAAGACAGCCUCCCAGCAUGGCGGAGAGAGCAGUCACAGUAUAUCCUACGUGACCGGUGAGGGACAUGGUCAUCAUCACAAGCGAAGGCGCCGGGCUGCAUCCGCAGCAUACCGAGGCUGGAUUUAA